GGACAGGAGACAUACGCUAUUUUAUCGGUAAACGUCCAACUCCAUUACUCUUCGUGAUCGCGCAGUCAAACCAAAGGCUCACAGAUCGAGAUUGAAGAGCAAGUGGCCAACCCUGAGAUUUCUAAUGACGCAAGCGACCACCCCGAGUCGGUAGGAAACACCCUCCAGUUAUGAAGGGGUGGAGUGAUGUUAGCUUCAUGCUGUGUGGCUGUGUAAUCUGCUCCUCAUUAAGGCACGGUAUGGUAAUGUCCACCUUCACAACAACCGUAACCGAUUCAACAAGUACAAGUCAGGAUACGACAUUAAGUGAUGGGAAUAAGAGCUUGAGCGCGGCCUUGACGUCAGGAACGUCAACACAUUCAACUGUAACCAUGACGUCGUCAAGCGCAGUAAUGAUGACGGGAACAACCCCGAGACCAGUGUCGACUACAAGCAUGACAUUACUAGAUAACAAUAAUGCUACAGUGGCUUUAACUGGAACUAUGACUCUGAAUAUGACGACGAUGACACCGUGGAUGAAUUCCAGCGACGAUACACUUCGUGGCGCCUUUGUUGCAGCGGAAGUGGCGGCUAUCUUUUGUUCCGUGCUUGGUUUUACUGGGAAUAUUUUUACGCUGUUAACAAUCGUCAUCACGCCCAAACUGAGAGGGAACGCCAAUAACUUGUUUGUGUGUAAUUUAAGCGCAGCCGAUGCACUCUUCUGUGCUGUAAUCCUCCCUUUCAAUGCAUCGGUCCUCCACGCCGGCAGCUGGCUUUGGGACGAUACCUUCUGUAGCUGGUUUGCAGCUUCGAAGCACACCGUAUUUGGCAUCGCUGUGUUUUCGCUGUGCACCAUCGCUGUGAACCGCUUUGUCAAUGUAGUGUAUCCUGAACACAAGGACCGAAUAUACACUCGGUCGAAAAUAGCUGCCAUGCUGGUGUCGUGCUGGUUGGCUCCGGUUGUUCUCAAUAUACCCGCUAUAUUCAAAGCUUGGGGUGAGUAUUCUUUCCGCCGAAAGAUACGGAGUUGUACUUACGGGAGCGAUGACACAACGGACACCGACAGCCACGGAGUCGUUAUCUAUGCCAGUUUCUUGGCUGUGCCUGUUGUCCUCAUGGUUGUCUCAUACUGCAGCAUCGGGAUUGUGUUAUACAAGAGUCGGCGGCGGAUGCAAAGACAUCGGCCACCUAGCGGCGAGAGCUUGUCGCGUGACCAACAGGGGAGACAACUCACGCUGUCCAUGCUGGCCAUAUGUGUAUUGUUCAUCCUUUGUGUCGGUCCAAACACACUGGUCGGUAUCGCUGACCCCAAGAUGAACUGCAGAACGUGUCACGUGAUAACGCCCUUGUUCACCUGGGUGCAGAUCUCGCUGAACCCCGUUGUGUACACCAUGACGAACGCACAAUUCCAACAGGCCUACAAACAUCUCCUUCGUCGUAUUUUUGGCUGUCACGACUGCCAAAGUUGUAGAGACUGUUGUGGUCGCCAUUGCUGUCUCAGGACGUCUUCAACGGACAGUUCAUCUCCCACCAAUCAAGUAAACAUUGUAAUAAACGAAACCUCCACCUGAUUUAACUUUACUGCAGAUACUCUAAAAAACGUAAUCUGUUAAAUUUAACAGAAAGCCUCUUGUCUGAUAUU